CUCAUAAUUAAAUCUUUUAUGUGUUUUGUUGGGUGCGGAGCAAUUUUAGCAGUCAAAUUGAAAGUACCAAAAGAAAAUUUCGAAGUUCAGGGUAAAACAAAAUUUGGAUUGACCAUUUAUGGACAAAAAUUGAACAAUAAGCGAGGAUCACUUUGUCUGCAGGUGGAAUUGGAAUAGCUUUUGGUUACGAAAAUAUAAAAAGGAACAAUGGCCAACGUUUGCGAACCUUUAACUCUGGCGAAAGAUGUGAAACGAUCGAUCGAGCUGUUGGAGAAGCUGCAGAUGAGCGGAGAGGUUCCGGCUACCAAGCUGGCCGCCCUGCAAAAGGUGCUGCAAAGUGACUUCCUGAAUGCGGUCCGCGAGGUGUACGAGCAUGUGUACGAAACGGUCGACGUUCAGGGAUCGCUGGAUGUGCGUGCUUCCGCCACGGCGAAGGCCACAAUCGCAGCAUUUGCGGCCAGCGAGGGUCACGCACACCCGCGCGUUGUCGAACUGCCCAAAACCGACGAAGGUCUAGGAUUCAACGUUAUGGGUGGCAAGGAGCAGAACUCACCCAUCUACAUUUCCCGUAUCAUCCCCGGUGGCGUGGCCGAUCGCCACGGUGGUCUGAAGCGGGGCGAUCAGCUGCUUUCGGUCAAUGGAGUCUCAGUCGAGGGCGAGAACCACGAGAAGGCCGUUGAGCUGCUCAAGCAAGCCGUGGGAUCGGUCAAGCUGGUCGUCCGAUACACUCCCAAGGUGCUGGAGGAAAUGGAGAUGCGUUUCGAUAAGCAGCGUGCCGCCAGAAGGCGCCAACAAUACUAGGUCAUGAUCUCCCCGGUUACAUGUUUGCCAUGUUAUGUUUAAAGAAAAAAAUCAAUCACUUUCGAAGCAAAAGUGUAAUUGUAAUACCAAUCUCGAUCGAUAUUCGCAACUUAGCAAGGAUUUCUCAUAUUUUCAUACAAAAACUACUCCGUUUCUCACAGUCGAGGGAAUAUUUAUGGAAUCAUUUCAUCGCGUAACUGUCUUCGUAGAAUCAUCCAGCUACCGAAUGCCCAUUUUAAAUAGAUGCUAUUUACAAUUUAUGUUACUCAGCAGUACUCUAUAUGUUAUGAAACAAGAAAAACGUUUGUCAAAAUAAACCUUGAAUGUCACGUUGACUGUGUAAGAAUCCCAAAA